AUGAGACCUCUCCUCCUGGCCCUGCUUGGCAUCUGCUUUCUCACUGAAUUCAUCGUGGAAGGUGUGGGGAGUGAAGUCCUAGAAAAGAGCAUCUGUGUAAGUUUAACGACCAAGAGACUACCAAUUAAAAACAUCAAGACCUACACCAUCAAGGAGGGCUCCAUGAAAGCAGUAAUAUUUAUUACCAGACGUGGCUUUAAAGUCUGUGCUGAUCCACAAGCUGGCUGGGUGAAAAAGGCAGUAGAAAUUGUGGACACGUCUACCAGAAGAAACAUGAAACAGACCAAGCCUACAGGAGCCCAACAUUCCACCAAUACAGCUGUGACCCUGACUGCAUAG